AUGAAGCCAAAGGUUUACCAAUUCCUGUUGGGUUGUUUUGUCGCAAUUGGCUCAUUUAAUUAUGGUUAUGAUAAUUCGGUAAUCACUGAAGUUAUUGCCUCGGACGCAUUCCUGAACAAAUUCAAGCCGAGUGCCAACGAGAAGUCUGCGGUUGUCUCUGUCUUCACCGGUGGUGCCUUCUUUGGGGCGGCUAUUGCUGGUAUCACCAAUGACUGGCUUGGUCGUCGUUGGACUAUCUUCAUUGGAACAGUGGUCUUUUAUCUAGGUGCAUCGUUGCAGACUGGUGCCGACGCUCUCUCCCAUAUGCUGGUGGGUAGAAUUUUUGCCGGGCUGUCUGUGGGUAUCAUGUACAUGGUUAUUCCGGUUUACCAGAGUGAGAUUGCGCACCCGUCCAUUAGAGGCUCCAUUUCAGCCCUCCAGCAGUCUUUCCUGGGUGUUGGGGCUUUGAUUUCCGCGUGGAUCUCGUAUGGCUGUUAUGUUGCGUUCACCUCUGAGGCUCAAUUCAGGUUGCCCUUGGGCCUUCAGUUAGUUCCUACGUUUUUCCUAAUGAUCUUUAUCUUCAUGCUGCCUGAGUCGCCUCGUUGGUUGAUAAAGAAAGGAAAGGAUGAGCUGGGACUCAAAAAUCUGGCAAAACUGCACUCCAACAACGACCUGGAAGAUGCGUUUGUCCUCGAAGAAUUUCACCAGAUUAAAGAAGAUGUCGAGAAAGAAUUUUUGAAUUCGGAAAUUCCUUUCUAUAAGAUAGUUUUCGGAAACAAGUCCAACUUCAGAAGAAUUUUGAUGGUUAUUUCACUGCAGGCCAGUGUGCAGAUGACCGGGGUCUCUUCCAUCUCGUACUUCACACCCUCUAUUUAUGCUCAGUUGCAUAUCACCACCUCCAAAAGUCUUCUACUUAGUGCUUGUGAUGGUCUCAUCAACACCAUUGUUGCCCAGGUUUCAUGUAUUCUGCUCCUCGACAGAUGGGGCCGUCGUUGGCCCAUCAUCACAGCUCAUUUUCUGCAAUGCCUCACGUUUAUAGCGUGUGCCAUUAUCAUGGCCAAAUUUCCCGUUGACAAACAGACCAUUCCACAUUCUGCGCAAAUCGGAUUCAUUGCUGCCACUUGGAUAUUCAACUUUAUUUUUUCCAUUCCUGGUACCACCUCGUGGAUCAUUCCUGCUGAAAUUUUCAACAUCCAGCUCAGAUCUGGGGGAGUGGCCGUGGCUACAAUGACCAGUUUUGCUUUCAACACGAUGAUCUCCCAAAUCACCUCGAUUGGAAUGGCCAAUUGUGGUUACAAGUUUUGGUUCCUCUUUAUUGUGUGCAACUUUACCAACGCCGUCUACUUCUACUGCUUUCUUCCUGAGACCGGUAGGACUCCACUUGAAAAGAUGGACAACCUGUGGGAAGAUGCGCCUUGGUUUAUCCCAAGCUGGAACAGAAAAGAUUACCUCAAGGAAUUGGAAGAAGAGGCCGUUGAGCAUGUUGGUCUGAACGAGAAAGAAGAUUUCGAGCAUGUGGAAGUAACAGAGCCUUGA